AUGGCAAAACCAAGGAUAAGAUUGACGGAUAUAAAUCACAAAACCAAAGAUAAGAUUGACAAAAUCGAGGAUAUGAAUGCCAAAACCGAGGAUAUGAAUAACCGAACCGGGGAUAUGAAUGACGAAAUCGAGGUUAGAAAUGACAAAACCGAAAAUAAGAUUGACAAGACUGACAAAACCGACAAAGUCGUGGAUUAUAUUGACAUAAUCGGGAGUUGGAUUAAGGCAAGAUUUGCUAAGCUUGCAGAAGUAAUAGAUGAUAUUAUAAUUAUGAACUCAAUACAUGUUAAUCAAAUUUCAAAUUAUAUACAAAGGCGCCAGAAUCUCCGACUUAUUCUUUUUACGAUUAUAAUUAUACUUCAAUCUGUUGAGAAUGGUUAUUUAUUAAGUAAUAAUUUCUGGCAAACAAAAUUUUCAACGGCCCUAGCUACAGUUUCAAUAAUUAGGUUAUUUGGUAUUUAUAGAUACGAUAGUCAUAGCGUAUAUGCAUCAGUAUUUGGACUCAAUUAUGAUGAAAGUGAUUCCAAUGGUAAGGCGCUUAGAGGCAGCGACAAUGUUUAA